ACAGCUUCGUACUCAGCUGACUGGUGCUCUUACGUAAUGGUCAGCAGGCUGGAGAAGCGGAUCAAGCGAGUAUCUGCCGCAGCCGAUCCACCAGAGCAGAGGCCAUCGCCAUCUUAACCAUUCAAAAUGUUCAGUGGCUUGUGGGAAGCUGCCAAGAACUCCCCGUUCAGACGGACAACAGAGGCUCACUGUGAUGCUCCACAGAAAGAACUAGUUGCUGGCCGGUCCAUCUCUGCUGCCAGUACAGAGCAGUACAGCUGUGAAUAUGGCUCUGCAAAAUACUAUGCCCUUUGUGGUUUUGGUGGCCUGCUCAGCUGUGGCAUCACUCACACUGCUGUCGUGCCCCUGGAUUUAGUCAAGUGCAGAAUCCAAGUCGAUCCAGCCAAAUACAAAGGAAUUUUCAAUGGAUUCAAGGUAUCUGUUGCUGAAGAAGGCUUCCGCAGUUUAGCUAAAGGAUGGGCUCCAACAUGCAUUGGGUACUCCAUGCAGGGAAUCUGCAAGUUUGGAUUUUAUGAAGUUUUCAAGAUUUUGUACAGCAAUAUGCUUGGGGAAGAGAAGACUUACUUGUACCGUACUUCCUUGUACCUAGCUGCAUCAGCCUCAGCAGAAUUCUUUGCAGAUAUUGCACUUUCUCCCAUGGAAGCUGUUAAGGUACGUAUUCAGACUAUGCCAGGAUUUGUGUCCACACUGCGUGCUGGAGCCCCCAUCAUCUACAAACAAGAGGGUCUGUGGGGCUUUUACAAGGGUGUCGUGCCUCUGUGGUGCAGACAGAUCCCAUACACCAUGAUGAAGUUUGCGUGCUUUGAGAGGACAGUUGAGGCCCUGUACCAGUAUGUGGUUCCAAAGCCCAGAGACCAGUGCUCCAAGUCAGAGCAGUUGGUUGUCACCUUUGCUGCUGGUUAUAUUGCAGGUGUCUUCUGUGCUAUUGUAUCUCAUCCAGCUGACACUAUUGUGUCCAAGCUGAAUCAGGACAAGGGGUCUACAGCAAUGGGUGUUGCCAAGAAACUUGGUAUGGCAGGACUGUGGAAGGGUCUCUUCCCCCGUAUCAUCAUGAUUGGAACACUGACUGCUCUGCAGUGGUUCAUCUAUGAUGCAGUGAAGGUAACACUUGGUCUGCCACGCCCACCUCCUCCAUCUAUGCCAGAAUCCCUGAGAUUGAAGCUGGAAGCAAAACAAGCCUAAAAAUGCAUCUUGAACCAUUCCAGGUUGAAGCCUAUCAUUUCAUUAAUUUAUUCUUUGAACUAAAAAGAGAAAUUGCAGUGAAACUUUUUUCAGAAACUGAGUGGUCCUGUAAUAAAACCUUUGACCCUGAUAUUUUAUAUUAAAACUUCAGGAACUAGGUCUAGUGAAGCUGGUGUACUUUAUUUGAAGUCAGUAUUUCAUAUGCUUACAUAAUGAAUGGUUUUGAGCAUGGUUCAAUAAGUACAUAUUUUCUUGUAAUUGUCCGUCUGAUUGUGACCCAUGUACAUAAGAUACAGUUGUAUAAUAAACUAAAUUAACAACUAUAA